CCUCAACUUGUUCCUGCGGUGCAUCACACGCUUCCCUUCCCCUUUAAAGCCUUGCCUUCGCCACCUGAUUGCAAGAAAGGAGAGGAGCAGCAGCAGCAGCAGCAGCAGCAGCAGCAGCAAUAGGAUAUGGCUGGAUUAAGCGUUCUCUUGGAAGCACAAAACAACUUGACCAAGUACACCCAUAUCAUAAGCAAAACCUCCCUCAUGAAGAACGCUUCUCUACCUUCCACUUGUACGAAUUCUUCUUCCUUCUCCGCUAGCCAUUUCCUCGAACGCUGCUACCUCUGCCGGAGAAGACUACAGCAAGGCAACGACAUCUAUAUGUACAGGGGGGACCGAGCGUUCUGCAGCGUGGAGUGCCGAAACAGGCAGAUAUUUAUGGACGAGGAGAACGGGAGGAGGGACAACUGCUCCCUAGACGCCGAGCUCCAGGCGGAGCGCGGCCGGCCGAGGGUGGUGGCCAGAAAAGGACGGGCCACAGCCGGUGGUUUCGCGUACUAGCACUAGUGCGUAGGUUCUUCCCGGAGGGACCUGGUUUUGAAGAGAGCCGUGAGUUUGGCGUAUUGACCAAACUACCCUCGUUUCGAUCAUAUUUCCCCCUCUUCUUCUGUCCUCUCCUCUCCUCUCCUCUCUCUCUCUCUCUCU